AGAAAUAAUUAUUAAUAUGGAUGGAAAUCAACUUGAGGAGAGAAUAAUUCACAAACGCGUCGACAGCAAUUCAGCCUUAAAUAUUUUAUUUGUGUUUGAUCAAACUAUCGGAAAAGGGACAUUUGGAACUGUCUACAAGGCAUUCAGCCAGAAAACACAAACAGACAUUGCGAUCAAAAUUGUUAACAAAGAAAAAGUAAAUGCAUUUCUUAUAUCAUCAGGCCGGCAGUCGGGGAGUGUGUUUACUCGAGCAUGAAAUAGAAAUUUUGAAAAUAAUCAAUCACCCAAACUUAAUUAAACUUUAUGAAGUGUAUGAAACUAGGCAGCAAGUUUUUUUGGUAAUGGAAUUAUGUGAGAAAGGACAGCUAGCGCAAAUGCUAAAGAAAAAGAAUAAUUUAGAAGAACGCGAAAUUCGGGAUGUAAUUAAACAAUUAGCAUGUGCUUUAACCUAUCUUCACAAAAUGGAAUUAAAUGAUUUCGGUCUGGCCAUAAAAAUUGGAGGAGUUACGGCUGAUCACAUGCUACACGAUUUCUGCGGGACUCCGGUUUACAUGGGAAGGAAGUGUAUUCAGGGAAUGUUAGAAGUAAAUCCCGCUUUACGUCUCUCAGCAAAUGAAAUUUCAAAUUCCUAUUGGAUUACGGGAAAGACAAUAAACUCGGAAAAUGUCAAUGUUCUUGAAAUGAUGAAGCAGUACAAAGAGGACCAAAUGGAAGACAAAGAUUCAAUCAAAAUAGACAACGAUAACACGUCUAAAGAUGUUAAAAAAGAAAAAGAGCCUUCUUCGGCUUUGGAACAGUGUUCCUUUUUAAAAAAGAAAAAAAUAUUUAAAAGGCGGACUUCUUCCAGAGAUGUAUUUUAA